AUGAUUAAGAGAAGAAUUGAGCUUAAUUUAUCUACAUUUAACAUGGUAAUCAAUGGGUUAUGCAAAGUUGGGAGGCUUCACAAGGCAGGAGAUGUUCUUGAGGAUAUGCAAAGUAGAGGGAUUUUGCCUUCAGUAGUGACCUACAACACACUCAUUGAUGGCUACUGUAAAAAAGGUGGAUCUGGUAAAAUGUAUAAAGCUGAAGCCUUAAUGAAAGAAAUGAUCAAAAAGAAAAUCUCCCCCAAUGAAAUUACAUACAAUGCCCUCAUUGAUGGUUUUUGUAAAGAUGAAAAUCUCUCUACUGCAAUGAACUUUUUCAAGAAAAUGGAAGUCAGUGGAUUAAAACCCGAUGUGGCUACUUAUAAUUCUUUAAUCAAUGGGCUAUGUGGUUUGGGGAAGCUUGAUGAAGCUAUUGUUUUACAUGACAAAAUGGUGGAAUCAAAUGUGAAGCCAAGUAUUAUCACCUAUAAUUCUUUAAUGAAUGGGUUUUCGAAAAAGAAACUGGUAAACAAAUGUAAAGAGUUAUUCAAUGAUAUUCAUAAUCAAGGUUUGAUUCCCAAUGUAUAUACUUAUAAUACUUUAAUCAAUGCUUAUUUCCGAAGUGGGAAUUUUGAAGAAGCAGUUAAAGUAUACAAAUCAAUGGUAGAAGGCAGUGUUACUCCCAAUGUUUCAACAUAUAAUUCUUUAAUAACUGGAUACUGUAAAGAAGGAAACAUGAAGGAAGCUAAUAAGGUUUUAGAUAACAUGAAGGAAAAAGAUUUGAAAGCUGAUAUUGUAACAUAUAAUAUAAGAAUUGGUGCACUUUGUAAGCAGGGGAACACAGGGGAGGCAAUUAAGCUACUUAAUGAGAUGUCUGUAGUGGGUUUGAUUCCUAUUCAGCUGACUUAUAAUAUCUUGAUUGCUGGAUAUUGUGGGGAGGGUAAUCUUAAGGGUGCUUUGAAUGUAAUGACAAGAAUGGAAAAAGAAGGGAGGCGUUCUAAUGUUGUUACAUAUAAUGUGUUGAUUAAGGCUUUUUGUGAAAAGGGUAAAUUGGAAGAAGCUAAUGUGUUUCUUAACAAGAUGCUUGAGAAAGGUUUGGUACCUAAUCAGAGAACUUAUGAUAUUGUUAAAGAGGAAAUGAUGGAGAGAGGAUUUGUGCCUGAUAUUGAUGGACAUCUUUAUAACAAUCUUGUUACUUCUUGA